AUGCAUAGGUUUGAAGGUGUUAAAGAAGGGCCAAUACCUCGGGAAAUCAUGGAAUUUAUGCGAAGUGAGUAUGGAUGCGAGAUCUCCUACCAACAUGCUUGGGAUGCGCGUGAAUAUGCAGUUAGUGUUGCUAGAGGAAUUCCAGAAAAAGGUUAUGGCAAAAUUCGCAAAUAUUUGCACAUGUUGAAACAAGCUAAUCCGGGUACGCAUACUCAUUUCGAAACUGAUUCCGAUAAUAGAUUCAAAUAUCUAUUUAUUGCUUUCGGCCAGUCGAUUAGAGGUUUCUAUAGAGCUAUGCGUAGGGUUAUUGUUGUUGAUGGCACGUUUUUGAAAAGCAAAUACAAAGGUGUUCUGCUUGUCGCUACAGCGUUAGAUGGUGACUCCAGCUUGUAUCCAAUAGCAUUUGGGGUUGUUGAUUCUGAGAAUGAUCGGUCUUGGGAGUGGUUUUUCAGGCAGCUAUUGGUCGUUAUAGCUGAUGGGCAAGGUGUAGCUUUUGUGUCAGAUAGAAAUGUGUCUGUUACUAAAGCACUUGCUAGAGUUUAUCCGCACUCUUCACAUGGAAUUUGCAUACAUCAUUUGUUGAGUAAUGUGGCAUCUCAUUUCAAGACAAAGGGUUUGGUUGGUUUAAUUGCAAAAGCGUCAAAAGAAUAUAGGGUAUCUGAAUUUGAGAGGCGAUUCAAUGAUAUUCGCAACAUAAGUCCGCUCGUUGCGAAAUACUUGAUGGAGGCUGGUGUGGAAAAGUGGGCGCGAUGCAAGUUUUCUGGAUUCAGAUAUGACAUUCGAACCACUAACCCAGCUGAGUCGAUGAAUUCUGUUCUGUUAGCACCCAGAGAGUUUCCUGUCAUUCCUUUGUUGGACAGCAUCAGAGAAAUGUUAACCAAAUGGUAUACCACUGCCGUAUGGAGAAUAGCUUACAAAGAAAGCAUUAAUCCAAUAGCCGUUCCAGAGGAUGCAUGGGUCGUCCCAUUGGACAUUGAAAAUUCCAAAGUUCUUGCACCAGAAACACGGAGAGCAGCUGGUAGACGACGCAAGCGAAGAUAUGAGACGGUGGAAGACGUAAUACGUUUCGAUGAACCUACUGCCAUUGCGCUGUAA